UGCUUGUCUUCUCUGUGAUUUAUUCGCUUCAGGGUUUUAAAUGAUGUAGUGAAAAGGAAGGAAACAUGGAGCUGUAAAACUCAAAGGAAGUUUGAAGCUGAGGCGUUCCCUGAGAGACAGCAUAGCUUCUGGCAACCGCAGAAAGGAGCGGAGGCUCACCUGCCUGCCUGUCGCCUGUCUUAGCCUGCUAUAUUCCUGCACUUGCUCUGUGUUCUCACAGAGGGUUGCAAAGGGCUGGGUUCGAGACCUCAGAGGAGCAGACUGACAGAAAGCAGGAGCAAGCACUCGGCUUGUGUGCUGUCCCUCCCAGUUCCCCAAGAGAGAAGCUUCUGAAGUCAUUUGGUGUGUGUGCCGCUUUUCCUUGUGAGAGGAUUAGAGAAUUAGAAGAGGGCUUUGUGAGAAAAAUCCUGGGAGAGGUUGCUGGGAUGAAAGCAAACAGGGGAGGAAGAUUUCAGCUCUCCUGGCCGGUCCCCUCAGUCAAGUGGCUCUGAGAACCUCAGUUGCUUGGCCUCCAGCAACUAGGGAUUUUCUUCCAUUCACAUUGGAGACACCGUGUUCAGCCUCUCUCCUUCCAUUAUGGGGAUUAUUACAUCAAGACCACCAGGCAGAUGGAAGAAAUUAUCCCAUUUGAUACCAAGAAGUUGGACAUAUAGCUGAUCAGCUUCCUUGGAUUUUGCUGAUGACCCUGGAGAGUUUUGCCUGAAGAUGGAAACACUGGAGUCGGAGCUGACCUGCCCUAUUUGUCUGGAGCUCUUUGAAGACCCUCUCCUGCUGCCCUGUGCACAUAGCCUCUGCUUCAACUGCGCCCACCGUAUCCUGGUCUCUCACUGUGCCACCAACGAGCCUGUGGAGUCCAUCAGCGCCUUCCAGUGCCCCACCUGCCGGCAUGUCAUCACGCUCAGCCAGCGAGGUCUAGACGGGCUCAAGCGAAACGUCACCCUACAGAACAUCAUUGACAGGUUUCAGAAAGCAUCUGUGAGUGGGCCCAAUUCUCCCAGUGAGACCCGCAGGGAGCGGGCCUUUGACGCCAACACCAUGUCCUCUGCCGAGAAGGUUCUCUGCCAGUUCUGUGACCAGGAUCCUGCCCAGGAUGCUGUGAAGACCUGUGUCACUUGCGAAGUGUCCUACUGCGAUGAGUGCCUAAAAGCCACUCACCCGAACAAGAAGCCCUUUACAGGCCAUCGUCUGAUUGAGCCAAUCCCGGACUCGCACAUCCGGGGGCUGAUGUGCCUGGAGCACGAGGAUGAGAAGGUGAAUAUGUACUGUGUGACCGAUGACCAGUUAAUCUGUGCCUUGUGUAAACUGGUUGGGCGGCACCGCGAUCAUCAGGUGGCAGCUUUGAGUGAGCGCUAUGACAAAUUGAAGCAAAACUUGGAGAGCAAUCUCACCAAUCUCAUAAAGAGGAACACAGAACUGGAGACCCUUUUGGCUAAACUCAUCCAAACCUGUCAACAUGUUGAAGUCAAUGCAUCACGUCAAGAAGCCAAAUUGAUGGAAGAAUGUGAUCUUCUCAUUGAGAUUAUUCAGCAAAGACGACAAAUUAUUGGAACAAAGAUUAAAGAAGGAAAGGUGAUGAGGCUCCGCAAACUAGCCCAGCAGAUUGCAAACUGUAAACAGUGCAUUGAAAGGUCGGCAUCACUCAUUUCCCAAGCAGAACACUCUCUGAAGGAGAAUGACCAUGCCCGCUUUCUACAGACAGCAAAGAAUAUCACUGAGAGAGUCUCCAUGGCAACUGCAUCCUCCCAGGUCCUAAUUCCUGAAAUCAACCUCAAUGACACAUUCGACACUUUUGCCUUAGAUUUUUCUCGGGAGAAGAAACUGCUAGAAUGUCUGGAUUACCUUACAGCUCCCAACCCUCCCACAAUUAGAGAAGAGCUCUGCACGGCUUCCUAUGACACAAUCACAGUUCACUGGACUUCGGAUGAUGAGUUCAGUGUGGUCUCCUAUGAACUCCAGUACACCAUAUUCACUGGACAAGCCAAUGUUGUUAGUCUGUGUAACUCAGCUGAUAGCUGGAUGAUUGUGCCCAACAUCAAGCAGAACCACUACACUGUGCAUGGCCUACAAAGUGGCACCAAGUAUAUCUUCAUGGUCAAGGCCAUCAACCAGGCAGGCAACCGCAGUAGUGAGCCUGGGAAGCUGAAGACAAACAGUCAGCCAUUUAAACUGGAUCCCAAAUCUGCACAUCGCAAACUGAAGGUGUCCCAUGACAACCUGACUGUAGAACGAGAUGAAUCAUCAUCCAAAAAGAGUCACACACCAGAACGCUUCACUAGCCAAGGGAGCUACGGAGUAGCUGGAAACGUGUUCAUUGAUAGUGGCCGGCAUUACUGGGAAGUGGUCAUAAGCGGAAGCACAUGGUACGCCAUUGGCCUUGCAUACAAAUCGGCCCCCAAACAUGAAUGGAUUGGGAAGAAUUCUGCUUCCUGGGCCCUCUGCCGCUGCAACAAUAACUGGGUGGUUAGGCAUAACAGCAAGGAAAUCCCCAUUGAGCCAGCCCCCCACCUCCGGCGCGUAGGCAUCCUGUUGGACUAUGAUAAUGGUUCCAUCGCUUUUUAUGAUGCUUUGAACUCCAUCCACCUCUACACCUUUGAUGUGGCGCUUUCGCAGCCUGUGUGCCCCACCUUUACUGUGUGGAACAAGUGUUUGACGAUUAUAACGGGCCUUCCCAUCCCAGACCAUUUGGACUGUACAGAACAGCUGCCUUGAGUGUCCAGCCCCAUAGUAGUUCUGAGGAAUAACAAAGGUUGAGGCCACUGUUUAGGGGAUUGAGAAACUAAGGCUUCAAGAGUGUGAUUGAAUCUCCCCAGCUUGUCCAGAAACCAGCUCAGAUAGGGCUCCAGAUGAGAGAUUUCCUUCCUUUUAUUGUGUUUUGUAUUAAGUUCAGGCUUUA